UAAGACCAUCCGUCCCAACUGGCCUACUAGCAAGGGACGAUGCUAUUUGGGCAUAACCUUCUUACAAGAGGUAACUUGAACUUGAUGGAUUGAAUUUGAUCUAUUUUGUGUCUUUGACAUUAUUUUUUUGUGCAGGUGAAGAUUGAACAAUUUGAACUUGAAGCAACUUGGAUGUAACUGGGCCCUGCCCUCUCCUAAGUUCCAGACCCAGAAACCAAGAGACAAAAGUGUCGUCAAAAAACCUGGCACCAUGAACCAUGACCAUGAUUUUCACCAUGAUGUUGGUGCCCACCAUCAUGACAUUCACCACGAUAUUCACCACCAUGGCAUAGGACACGAUCACCACGGCAUUCACCAUGAUUUUCACCACCAUGGCAUAGGAAACCAUCACCACGACAUUCAUCACCACGAUAUUCACCACCAUGGCAUAGGAAACCAUCACCACGUCGUUCACCACGACAUUCAUCACCACCCUCAUGUUUCGUCAGGCGCCACCGUGGGUGUCCAAAGGGUGGGCAGGCCAGCUGGUGGUGCAAUGGUCGUGGCGGUCUGCUUUGGAAUGUUUGGCGUUUUCUUCCUGAUCGGCGGAGUCAUGAUGGUGGCGUUCGGUUUCAACUUCUUCUCUGGUGUUGGGAUUGUUGGAGCCAUCAUGCUGUCAGUGGGCGUGGCCAUGUUGAUUGCUUGUAUUGUGUGUUGCUGUAAGGGCUGCCUGCAGCAACAGCAGCAGCAGCAGCAGCAAGCAUUUGUGCUCCAGCCGGCCGGUGUCAUGCAACCCCCUCCCCCUGGGGCACCACCCAUCAUUCAACCACAAGGUCCAGGGCCAAGUAUCCUGUAUGGACCAGGGGGACAAGUGGCCUAUCAACCCCAGAUCCAGCCCGGCAUCCAACCACCACCUCAACAGUAUCCAGCAGCAAUGCCCUAUCCUCAACAGGUUCCUGAUGUUCCAUCUGCGCCUCCUCCAUCCUAUGAGGAUAUAGUCAAACCAGCAGGCGGACCUGAGGAACAUGAGCAGAUGGUAUAACCUGGGAAUAUAAAAAAAAAACACGCCUCAAUCUCUCUGAUAUUGAGUCAGAGAUACUGACCAAUGCACUCUUUACAUAAUGAACUCUGACAGCGACAAGGAAGGAACCAUUUUUACAUUACCUCCUGAAGUAAGGUAUCCAGUCUACCUGAGUCGAAGUUCAGUGACGUAUAUGAAGGGCAGACAUUUUAUGCUUACUAAAUUGUAAGGAUUUCUUGUGUAGGAUGUUGCAAAAACCCAAAUCUAUGCUGUAAACAUAGCUAUAGGCACAUCAGGUUUUCUCGAAUGUCUUUCCUCUAAAGCACAAGCUACAUUUGCAUUUAUAGUAGCUAGGUACUGCAGUCAUGAUUUAUGUGAAACUCUGCGAAACCGUGUGAUGGAUUUGUUAGAAUGGUAAGAAAAAGUUGUAGAAAAUCCACUCAUUCUAGAGUAAUGUUGACAUCAAAAUAUUAAGGGAGAUUUUCAUUUGUUGUGAAGGCCUGAAUUAUGGUCAAAAUUAUGAUACGUUUUAUUGGUGACCUUUUAGCUAGCAUUUGAAAUUUGUCAAAGUUUUUGAAAGUUUAAAAACGGGGGUCACACUCCCAAAGCUACCAAGCAUGUUUCUCUUGACUGUGACACGAGAAAAUACAGUUCAUAACAAUUAAAGAAUCACUAUUAAAUACACUGAUAGAGUUCCCAACAUGCACAUCCUAUAAUCAGUUAAACACAAACCGACAUGCAGUACGAUGUCAUGCCCAAAUUAAUAUCACAUCAAAUGCGUACCUAAUUAAUAUUUCUGAGGCAAUGUUCUGUGAUCAUUAUGAUUUUCUGGUCUACUGCCUUAGCGUUACAUUUUUUUUCGGGACCUGGUUGCUGUCUUUAUACAAAAUGGCUUUUAAAAAAUUUAAUUUAUUCCUUUAUUUUCCUAAUAUUAAACAGUACUGUUUGUGAUAUUCUGAAAUAUUUCAAAAAUACUACAACAUUAACAGAUAAAGAAAAUCUAUUUGUGUAUAAUAGGCCUAAAAGUAUUAUUGUACAACGGUACUAUAGGACAGUUAAGUUUGUAUUUCAGUUUCAAUCGAGAUAAUUUUAACAGUAAACUAUUUGUGUAAUUAUAAAAAUUAAAAUCUUUAAUACAGACCUUGUUGAAUUCAGUCAUAUUAAAUUUGUACAAUAUAUAUAUGAAAUAAGUAUGUGAAGAAAUAUAGUCCUUCAUCAGUACUUCAGUUACUAUGCUGUAAUUUUAAUAAAUAUUGAUAAUAUGCGAUCAACAUCAAUAAAUGAUCAGCGGUUAUAUAUAACUUGAAUGCUUUGUAUAGCGAUGCAUGCCACAUCUUUUCGUUGUAUUUGCAUACCAUAUAAUGACCCUUGUGAGGUGAGCCAUUGUGUGUCCAUUUGGAGGGAUAGUUAUCCACUAUAAUCCAACAUGUAUGUGCCCUAUAAUGUUGUUUUUCUACACAUGACUUGGGCAAAGCAAAAACUAUUAGAAAACCAAACUGUCAUUCUUUGACUGCGCAGUUGUGUACAGCUACAGGUCUUUAGACUCUAGUGUCUGUGGCCAGUUGAUGAUUUUUGCAGUGUAAACGUAAGCGAUAUUUUCUGCUUAUUUCAAGGUUCCAUCAAAUUAAAUAAAUGAUUAUUGGACUCACCUAAAAAAUAGCU